UUCCCCGACCUAGAUGAGCGGAUAAGACAAAUCAUCAAAGAAUACGGCGCCAUCUUCCCCAAACUCAAUUUUUAUUCACCAAAGGACGCAUCAUGGGUGCUGCCACCAUCCUCGCCUCUCAAAUGCACAUCUCCAUCAGACGUCUACAUCCUGCUGAAAUCCUCGGACUUCAUAUCGCACGAUCUAAGUAUUGACGCGAUCUUUGAGGGAUGCCAAUGUGAUCCCUCGAAUCCGCCAUCCUACCAACUCGAGCUUGUCCUGAGGAAAUGGUAUUCUAUAGACCGGAGUCGCGAGUUCAGGUGUUUCGUUCGUGAAGGCCGUCUCAUAGGGAUAUCACAACGCGAUACGAAUCUCUAUGACCCCAUGAACGAGCCGAAAACACAAAAUAAGAUCUUAGAGACACUUUGGCAUUUUUGGGAGGAGAAGAUCGAGUCCGAAUGGCAUGGACAACAAGACUACGGUUUCAACGUGUUGAUGACGCGUGAUCUGUCUCGGGGC